AUGUCGGUUCUACUCGCCCUCCCACAAGGCAUAACCAUGCGCUCUCCACCUCCUGCUUUCCACGCUGACUAUAAGUUCGACCAGCAGCGUGACGACUGCCUAUCCGCUGGCCAGCGUAUCAAGUCGCCAAGGCUGCUCCAUAGAGCUGUUAGUGGACGAAUCUCGCGUGGCCGUCCCAUUCCUUCCUUGUCUCUCUCAGCCUCGAAACAGCAAAUUCUUUGGGACACGCUGAGUCGACGUGAUUGUCGGCCCGAGCAGUUUGAGCCCUUUGCCGAGGACUUUCAGUCGCUACAGUACAUUACACCAGACUCGUUCACCGUCUCGCCCGCGCCGUCAGUGGCGCCUUCGUCGCCUGCUAUCAGUCUUGAGCCUCUUUCUGCACCCUUAAAUCCGGAGGUUCCAGGCUCGGCACAGCUGCACUCAGAACCGCCACUGGGUUCCUUUGAUCUCAUGAUGUCGACGCAGCACUAUAACCACGUUGGCUCGUAUCCCACCAACUACACGCCCAGCUACGUGGUACCUUACCGAGAGUCUUCCCAAGAGGACGUGAAGCCGCGAAUCGCCUCGCCCCACCAGACGUAUGCGCCUGCGUACGCUGGCGCGACCGAAGGCGCUACUGAACAUUCCGGCGAGGAUGAGUCCGGCGAACGCGCUGCAGGCACGCCGUAUCAGUACACAGCUGCUCCUCGAACUCAGUACGAAGCGUCAGCAGCGCCAGCGGUCGCCUAUGGGUAUGCGCAGACACCAACUUCUGGCUACGCUCCGUCAUAUGUGUCUGCCCACGAUCAUUACGCUCAUUCUCAAUACCAACCGAGCUAUGGCCAACAGGCCAGCACGUAUCUACCGCAUCCGACUCCCGGGUACUCCAGUCCAUACGCUGCCGGUCCGGUCUAUACGACGCCACCUGGCAUAAGACCAGAAAGAGAAUCCCGAACGGGUCGGAAUCGCGAUGGAGAGUAUCGAUGCUACCAGCAUGGCUGCAACGGAAAGAAGUUUUCAACGCUAAGCAACCUCCUUCGGCACGAGCGAGAAAGAGGCGGCAACGUGAACAAAGCAAUAUGUGAGAAGUGCGGGGCGGAGUUUACAAGAACGACAGCAAGAAACAGCCACCGAGACAACAACAAGUGCAAGCACGCGCUCAAGCCCAAUGUCAGCUAG